CUUAGAAAAUCUUAAUGAAACGUCAGUGUCAGUGUAAUCACAUCUAACUGUCAUUGGCAUUGUCGAGCUCUGCUGAUUUAAUAGUUUUGACAAAGUUUACAAAUGUUUUCAAAAGUUGUUAGUCUUUGUAGUUAUUUAAAUUGGAUAAAGUUUUAUUAGAUGUUAACUUAACACUAUUAUUCCGAAUUUCACGCUUUAAAAAUGGCGCGUGAUUAUGACCAUCUUUUUAAAUUACUUAUAAUAGGAGACAGCGGUGUAGGAAAAAGCUCUCUGUUGUUAAGAUUUUCAGAUAACACUUUUACUGGAAGUUAUAUCACAACCAUAGGGGUAGAUUUUAAAAUCAAAACUGUAAACAUUGAAGGUCAAAAAGUGAAGUUACAAAUAUGGGAUACAGCUGGCCAAGAGCGAUUUAGAACCAUUACUAGCACGUAUUAUAGGGGCACCCAUGGUGUCAUAAUCGUCUACGAUGUUACAAAUGGUGAAAGUUUUGCUAAUGUAAAAAGAUGGUUGCAUGAAAUUGAUCAAAAUUGUGAAGUGGUCAAUCGAGUCCUAGUGGGGAACAAAAAUGAUACCCCAGAUAGAAAAGUGGUCUUGACAGAAGAUGCUCAACGUUUUGCUGACACAAUGAAUAUUCGUUUGUUUGAAACGUCAGCAAAGGACAACAUAAAUGUUGAAGAAAUGUUCAUGUCUAUAACGAGGCUGGUAUUAAGGUCGAAGCUUGAAAUGAAGGAAAGGCAAAAUGCAUCCCCGAAUGAUGUGGUCAAUUUGAGAAAAACUCCAAAGUCCGGUAAAAAGAAGUGCUGUUAGCAGAUUUUAAAUUUGUUUUUCUUUCAAAUCAAUAAAUUAACUGUUUUCUAAAUUAGAUAUCUCAAAGCAUUCAUCAUAAGUAUGACUUUUAAAUUCAGUAUUUUUUGGAAUAUCCGCAGUUAUUUCAAUUUUACCUUGUACCAUGUGAGACUGUAUAUUAAUGUAAAAAAAGCUGGUUCAGGUCUCAACAAAGAAUGUCCCUUGCAAGUUAUUGUUUGUGAAAUAUUGAAUCUCUCUUGUAUUAUUUACUCAGUUCAAUUAAUUAUUGAGAAUGAUAUUGGGAGCUUCCAUUUUUGAAUUAUUUACAUAAAAUAAUCUUGUAAAUAACCAAAAAAGUUUUGUAAAUAAAAAAAAAAAUUGUUCUAUGCAUCUAUAGUUUUGUUUUAUAGAGUAACGAAAACUUAAAACGAUCGAAAUGUGCUAAGUAAAGUUUACCUAAAGGUCAUCAAAGAAAUAAAGCUAAAUUAUAGCUUUUUAGGUGUUUUUAUGAGUCAAUUACAUGCAUAGGCAAUUGAUAUAAUAUCGUUUGGCGCUAAAAAGGCUUCCGACUAAGCAGAGUGCAAAGUAAAUCCUCUCAAAUUUAAAGCUAUGUGGAAAUUUGAAAGUAGAAAAUGUGUUUUGGACUUGAUUGUUCACUAAGAAAAGUGUUUAGGGUAAUUCACCAGAGUUAUUUGGAAUUGUAUAGAAGCAGUUAGCGGUAAAUGCAAUCAAGGUUGGAGUAUCAUAUAUAUUUUGGUAUAUACAGGAUGGUUCGAAUUGUAAUGGAGAAACUUUAACAGUGUAUUCAGCAGAUAAAAAUAAGUAAAGAAGUAUGUAAAUGUAAAAUGGUUCAUUUUGGAGACACAAGGUGUUGAAAUAUUCCAAAAAAAUCAAUUUUAUAAUAAUAAAAUAAUAAAUAAAAAUAAAAAACCAUUGAAAUUCCACUUUUUCUGUUAUGUAAAUUAAUUUAACGGUCGCACGAACGCCACUGAUUAAAAAGUGGCAAGAAUACUAAAGUUUGAAAGCAAAUUCUAGAUUUUUGUUUUUUAAUGAAAAACGAUUUUUUCGCAAAUUUCAACACCCUGCACCUUUUUUAACUUUUUAAUAUCCGUCGAAUACGCUGUUAAAAUUUCUUCAUAAUUUGGACCACCCUAUAUGGGACAAGGAAUAUAUACAAAUUUUCCAAGAAAAUGUCUGCUAUGGUAUUCAUAUAACUUCAUUAUUUUUCCCGCCAGAUAAAUUGUGAAUAAUUAUAAAGCCUAAAAAUCUAAACGUAAUUUGCAUUUAAUGUUUAAUUAAACCAGUGGAUUGAAAUGAAUUCCUAACAUGGAGAACGGAAAAUGCAAAUAACACUGUGAAAUGUGCUGUAACGUUUCGUUAUGCAUUUUAUUUUAUGUUAAGAAGAACCAGCAUAUCACCUUUAUAUUGACAAUAUAAUAGAUAUUUUUACGGUGCAUUUAUUUAGCAAGAAUUAUUUUUUGCAUUGUGUAAAGAUUGUGCAUUUUAAUUAUAAAUAAAA